CUUUCAGUCAGUUUCUCAUUUGCCUAUCGUUACACAUCUAUUUUUUGUUUUUCUUUUUUGUUAAUUACAAUUUCUUGUUUUUUAUUUCUUAUUUUUCACCCCGUCAAAUUAUUUCACGAUUAAGAGCUCAAGCGAUUUUUAUAUUGUAUUCGACAAGCAAUCUUUAAAUGAAACAUUAAACAUUAAAUUAAUAAAAGUUUUAAUUUUCUUCAAGUAAUUUUACUAAACUUACUGAAAUGAAGGUACGAACGUGUAAUCACUCAACUUUUAAUCUGAAAAACUACAAAUUUCAAGCAGUCAGCGGUAAUAUAAACGGAAUUGGAAAAAAACCCAAUGGUCUAGCAGCAGUACAUUAUAAUAAUAAUAGUAAACGUAAAUUUUUACGGCCUUCCCUAAAAAUUGUAAAUCCCGAAAAAAACAACUCAGAAACUAAAAUUGCUAAAGAAAGUAAAUACAAAGGUAAUAUGGUGGAAAUAAACGUUUUUCCUAAUACAAGACAACAAUUAGAACAUGAAAUACGCACUAAAGCGUCUGCUGUGAUAGAGGAUGAACUUCUCAUGUCAAUGCCUUGGUUUGGAAUGGAUAUUGGUGGCACUCUAACAAAACUUGUGUAUUUUGAACCUAAGGAUAUUACGCCUGACGAACAAGAUCAAGAAGCGGAAAGCUUACGAAGUAUUCGACGUUAUUUAACAAAGAAUUCUGCUUAUGGUAAAACAGGCCACCGUGAUACUCAUUUACAGAUGGAUAACGUGGAAAUACGACAGCGCCGUGGGUCCCUGCAUUUCAUACGAUUUCAAACAACAGAUAUGGGUAAUUUUCUAUCAUUAGCAAAACAAAAAGGCAUGGCGGAAUUGGUGACAACAGUAUGCGCGACAGGCGGAGGGGCAUUUAAAUUUGAAAAUGAUUUUCGUGAGCAAGUGAAUAUGAAAUUGGCGAAAUUCGAUGAACUAGAUACGUUGAUCAAAGGUAUUUUGUUUUCCGAAGUUCAAAACCGGACGGAAUGUUAUUAUUACGAAAAUGCUCGAGACAUAACAAAAAGUGAGAAGCGAGUUUACGAUUUCUCCCAACCGUAUCCGUUCAUUUUGGUAAAUGUUGGAUCUGGCGUAUCAAUAUUGGCCGUUUAUGGACCCGAUAAUUACAAACGCGUCUCCGGUACAAGUUUGGGUGGUGGUACAUUUUUGGGUUUGUGUUGCCUUCUGACUGGCUGCAAUACAUUUGAAGAAGCAAUACAGUUAGCCACUAAAGGCGAUAACCGAAAAGUAGAUAAACUAGUGCGUGAUAUCUACGGCGGUGAUUACGAUCGUUUCGGUUUGACGGGUGAUUUAGUAGCUUCUAGUUUUGGUCAAAUGCACAUCAGAGAUAAACGUGCAUCGGUUUCGCGCGAAGAUCUUGCGAACGCGACUUUAGUUACUAUUACCAAUAACAUUGGUUUAAUUGCCCGCAUGUGUGCUCUCAAUGAGAAAAUGGAUAAAGUUGUAUUUGUUGGAAACUUUUUACGAGUUAACCCGAUUGCUAUGAAAUUGCUAGCGUACGCCAUGGAAUUCUGGUCAAAUGGGACGCUCAAAGGUUUAUUUUUGGAACACGAAGGUUAUUUUGGAGCUCUAGGUUGUUUGUUACAAUUUAAUGGGGAAAUAGCUGCAGCUCUUAAUGAAACUUCCGAUAAAACUGCAGUGAAUAAUCCACCGCCGUCAGCACUUUUUUCGCAGUCGGCUCCCCAAAGAUAGUUACAAGGCGUAAUGAAACCUAUUAUUUCGUUUAAAAAUAAGAAUUUUUUUUUUUUAAUUGAUUAUAACACUUAUUCUUGUAAGUUGAUGGUGCAGUUUAUAUAAAUUCGCUUUCAAUGCAA